GGCCGCCGCCCUCCCCGGGGGGGCUGUAAUCCCAUCAAAGCGCCGGACCCAGCCGCCGCCUCCUCCUCCUCUUCCUCCUCCUCCUCCGCUUCCCUUCCUGGCUCGGUAAAAGCCCCGCCGCGCCAUCCCCAGCCCCGCUCCCCGCCCGGCUGCCGAGCACAGGGGGCACGCUGGCCCCGGCCCCCAGCCCCCGGCCCGGGGGGCGGUGGGGGAUCGCGGAGCACAUGGAGGUGCCGGGACCCUGCCCCUGCCCCUGCCGCCGCCUCUCCUCCCUGCUGCUGCUCCUGCUGCUGCUGGCUUCGUGUAUCGGCUGCGCGGCUGCCCCGCGGAGGAGCAUCCCCCGCCGGCAAGCAGAUAGGCUGGGUCCUCCUCUGGACAUACUGCUGGACUCACUGAACUGCACAGCCUUCAGCGUGCAAUGGAGGAUGCCAAAGCAGCACGCAAGCACCAUCACGGGAUAUACAGUCUUCUACUCAGAGGUUGAAGGUGACAAAGCAGUUAAACAGCUCUCACAUGAUGUUCCCCUGAGUCUGGAUAUGCUGAGCAUGGGUCAGCUUGAAGGACAAGCAAUAUUUGAAGUUGUUAUCGGGGAUUUGAAGCCUGGCACCCCACAUCGCGUUAGUGUUGGUGCCUAUGGCUGGGCAGGGAAAGGACGGCCCAGCAUGCCCAGAGAUGUGACAACCUUAUCACAAGAUAACUGCAUGCCCCCUGCACCACCCUAUCAGCCCCAGAUCGUUGUCGUCUCUGAUUCAGAAGUUGCAUUAUCUUGGAAGCCUGGGGACAGCGAAGGAAGCUCACCCAUCCAGUACUACAUAGUGGAGUUUAUCAGGCCAGACCUUGACAGUAAUUGGACUGUAAUAAGAGAGCAGAUCCAGAUGGAGUCCAUGGUUCUGAAGGGACUUCUCCCAAAUACCAAGUAUCAGUUCGCCGUCCGAGCAGCAAACUCCUACGGAUCCAGCCCCUCCAGUGCACCAAGUGAUGUUGUCCGAACAUUCAGCUCUGAGGAGUUAGGAAGCGGAAGCUAUGGGCAUCGGUAUAUCACAGAGACAGUCACUGGUGAUGAUGAUGGAUUUGAUGUCGAUGACUCAGACUAUGACAUUUACAUAGAAGAGCUCAGACCUCUCCCUGCUAUCAAAGGAGGCAACAGAAAAUUUCUGGUUGAAACCAAAGUCACACCAGGGUCUAGUUCCAGGCUCCUGUCGCGGCUCCUUACAACCACUUCUCAGCCCACCACUUCCACUCCCAUCACCACACGACCUUCUACCACAGUGAGGGCAACUACAGCCAGGGCCAUGAGAAGGGGUGGCAUGUAUUCUGAAUUGCGCCUCUUUGAUCUCUCCUGUGACGAGACCAUCUGCUCUGCAGACAGCUUUUGUGUCAAUGACUAUGACCGGGGAGGCUCGCGCUGCCACUGCAACUUGGGGAAGGGAGGAGAGACAUGUACUGAAGAUAUUAUUAUCCAGUAUCCUCAGUUCUAUGGCUACUCAUACAUCACAUUUGAACCACUGAAAAACUCCUAUCAGACAUUUCAAAUUACCCUUGAAUUCAGGGCUGAAUCAGAAGAUGGUUUGCUGCUGUACUGUGGAGAAAAUGAACAUGGCCGUGGUGAUUUUAUGUCACUGGCAAUCAUCCGACGGAGCAUCCAGUUCAGGUUUAACUGUGGUACUGGAGCUGCAGUUAUAACAAGUGAAAACAAAAUAAAGCUGGGGAACUGGCAUAGUGUCACACUGUUCAGAGACGGGCUGAAUGGCUGGCUCAGGAUGGACAAUGAUGCUCCAGUCACAGGAAAAUCUCAGGGCCAAUACAGUAAAAUUACCUUCCGGACUCCCUUCUAUGUCGGCGGUGCCCCCAGUGUGUACUGGCUGGUCAGAGCCACAGGCACCAACCGAGGAUUUCAGGGCUGUGUUCAGUCUCUCAGCAUCAAUGGGAAGAUGAUUGAUAUGAGACCCUGGCCAUUAGGGAAAGCUCUCAGUGGUGCUGAUGUGGGUGAGUGCAGCAGUGGAAUCUGUGACGAGGCAUCCUGCAUCAACAGUGGUACCUGCACUGCAAGCAAAGCGGAUUCGUACAUUUGCCUUUGCCCUCUUGGGUUUAAAGGUCACCAUUGUGAAGAAGCACUCACCUUGGCCAUACCUCAGUUCAACGAAUCCUUAAGAUCAUUUGCUAGCACACCCUGGCCCUUGGAACCACAGAAUUACCUUUCCUUCAUGGAGUUUGAGAUGACAUUUCGUCCGGAUUUAGAGACAGGUGUCCUUUUGUACAGCUAUGACACAGACAGCAAGGACUUCCUCUCCAUCAACGUGGUGGCUGGUUAUGUGGAAUUCAGAUUUGACUGUGGCUCAGGAACGGCUAUCAUAAGGAGUGAAGAACCUGUCAGUCUGGGUCAAUGGCAUGAGCUGCGAGUGUCUCGUACAGCGAAGAACGGUAUCCUACAAGUGGACAAACAAAAGCCAGUGGAAGGGAUGGCAGAGGGGGCUUUCACACAGAUUAAGUGCAGCUCUGAGAUAUUUAUUGGCGGAGUCCCCAGUUAUGAUACAGUGAAGAAGAACUCAGGGAUCCUCAGGCCCUUCAGUGGGAGCAUCCAAAAGAUUAUCCUGAAUGAUCGGACAAUUGAUGUGGCACAUGAUUUCACUUUUGGAGUCAACAUAGCGAAUGCAGCCCACCCCUGUGUGAGCUCACCAUGUGCAAACGGAGGCAGCUGCAUUCCCAAGAAGGACAGCUAUGAAUGUGACUGUCCCCUGGGCUUCGAUGGGCUGCAUUGCCAGAAAGCCGUUACAGAAGCAAUUGAAAUCCCACAGUUUAUUGGUCGUAGUUACCUCAUAUACAAUAAUCCAGAUAUCCUGAAAAGGGUAUCAGGAGCAAGAACAAAUGUGUUCAUGAGGUUUAAAACCACAAUGAAGGAAGGCCUUUUGAUGUGGAGGGGAGACAGUCCCAUGCGACCUAAUAGUGAUUUCAUUUCUCUAGGCCUUCAAGAAGGAGCACUAAUAUUUAGCUACAAUUUGGGCAGUGGCGUUGCCUCCAUAGUGGUGAAUGGCUCUUUCAGCGACGGCCGGUGGCACCGGGUGAAGGCUGUUCGGGAUGGGCAAUCUGGCAAAGUAACUGUGGAUGAUUACGGAGCCAGGACUGGUAAAUCCCCUGGAAAGAUGAGGCAGCUAAACAUCAAUGGAGAUCUCUAUGUAGGUGGCAUGAAGGAGAUUGCCCUGCACACCAACAGGCAGUACCUGCGAGGGCUGGUGGGCUGCAUCUCGCACCUCACACUGUCCACCGACUACCACAUCUCGUUGGUGGAGGAUGCAGCUGAUGGGAAGAACAUCAACACGUGUGGGACCAAGUGACAAGAGAGGAGCCCUGGUGCUGACGAUCCAUCCUGCGCUUGUGUGUGCAGCUGAAAAUGAGCUGGGUGACGCAGCCCUCCACAGCUGGACCAUAGUCGCCAUCAGAAGAUGACAGAGCCAAAGGGAAAACCUAAAAAUCAAGAACAUUUUCCCUUUCCUUUCUUCUGCUGACCAAACCAAACUGAGUAUUUUGUGUAGGAGCCGUCCCCUUCACCUGCUGCGUGUUUAGUGAGCGCUAAAGGUCGUGCAUCAGUGCAAACGGCAGAGAACUGUGUGAUGUUACGAGUAGCUCAGUGGCUGUGUUGUGGUCCAUAGGUUGUCUUUUUUAAUGUCAAAAAGGGCAGUCUUUAAAAACCUGCAUUCAUUCCACCUUCCACCUUGCAAUGGUACAACGACUGUAUUGUGCAACAGAUACAUGAGCAGGCAACGUAUCUAUGCAUUCAAACGUAUGUCCCCAAAUCAGCAGUUCUUCUCACCGCUCUGAUUUAACUAAGUUAUGUUUCAUCCCGUGUAAAUAACAGCUGCAGUGACUGGUUUCAAAAUGUUGUUUGUUGAGGAGGAAAGUUCUUAAAGUCUACUUUUUUACUGCAAGCAACAAAAGUCAACGAACCAAUUUUAUAGGAGUAAUUUUAUACUUGUGUAUUUUUUAUAGCAGCAGCAGACCUGCUUACAUGGUAUAACUUUUGACAUUUAGGUGUACUAUACAAUUAGCUCUUUGCACACUUUCCUAAAAAUAGCAAAGUGACCUGUGGUUUCAGUUGGUUAUACGGAAGGCUCAGUGUCUGUAUUAUACAGUUUUGGUGGAGAUAUUUGUGAGUUAUAACCAGUUUUAAAUCUUUUUUUGUUUUGUUUUGUUUUCUUUUUUGUAAAUUUUGACAGUUUAAAAUGUACAUUAUGAAGUUUUACUGGCUUAAACAGAUUAAAAGAUUAGGAGGAAAAAAAGUACAA